AUGGCACUCACAGGACCGCUCGACGAUUUCUUGAUGCAGCAAGUCAUUUGGUGGGAAAAACAUGGAAGCUCUACACCUGAGCUUACAAAGCUUGCAAGGUACUUACUUGGUCUUUGUUGUUCAUCUUCUGAUUGUGAGCGCAAUUGGAGCAUAAUUGAAACCAAGAAAAGGAAUAGGUUAGAGCAUCAACGUUUUAAUGAUCGUGUCUACAUCCAGUACAACCGCCGUCUUCAACUAAGAUUCCAAGAAAGAAAAGAACAAUGCAGAAAUUAUAAUCCACUAGUGCUUGAUGAGCUAGAUUGGAGUAGUGAGUGGAUGACUGGCGAAUCAGAUGAUGAAUUAGUUCCUAAGGAUGAUCUCACUUGGAGAACUGUAUCAACAGUAACUAAGGCAUCUUCAUCAUUUAAUGGCCCCAAUAGACCAAAGAGGUCUGGACCAUCAACCAGUGGAGCGGCUCCAGCCAUUGUCUCUUAUUCACAGUGUGGUAGGGGGAGGACUGAGGAGUCUUCAAAUGAAGAACUAGAGUUGGAGUUGGAGGAAGAUGAUGUGCGUGAUGAUGAAAAUGUUGAGGAUGAUUAUGGUAUAGAAAGUGAUUCUGCAGGCCAGCAACAGGAGGAAGAAGAAGAAGAUUUAAAUAUACUUAAAUGGGAUUGA